CGUCCGCCGUAGGCCGCGGGGCCGUCCCGCGCCGAGCCGUGACAUUACCGGUGGGAAUGCUCGGUGCUGCGUGACUGAGCAAGGAGCUGUGUGUUGGGGGACGGCUGGCUUCCUGCACCCUCGGUUAAAAAAAAAACCGAGGGGCGUACGAUAUAAAGAUUUUCUUAUCGGCAAACAACUCGUUGCUGGUAUUCCGAUUUAUUUUAUUUCGCAUUGGUGCUCGUUGAAAUACAGCAGAGUAAUAGAGUGGGAAACUUUCCGCCUCAGACAGCGUAACGCCGUGACAGAGCAGGCAGUGCAGCUCCGCGCUGCGUGCCGCCCUCCGGGAGCGCUGAACUGAAGAUCUCAUGCCGGCCUUCCCCCCCGCUGCCUGCACACAGGCGCCCAAUCUGGUGCUCGAUCCUAAUGCCGUGGGCCUGGAGCGGCUCCAGGGGCUGCUUGUGAGCCGCGCACACGGUGUGUAUCUGGGGUAGCUCCGCUUGUUGGACCUCGGCCAGGCACAGAGCAGAGUAGCAGAGCUCAGGCGCUGAUCCGCUGCCUGAGCCAUCGUUUCUCCAAUAUCUUUCUACGGCAAAAAGCACCGUGGGAGUUUUGCCCCCUGGAGGAGCCGCGUUAGCCACGUGCAAGAGCGGUGAAUGACUCCCAUUGCUAACCGCACGUGCAUCCACGCUGCUACAGAGCGCAGCCCGGAGCGUUUCACAUCUCGGUGGGGAGAAGUUGCCAGCGCGGUGCAGCACCGGAGCUCUCAGGCAGCCCGUGGGCUGUGCUGACCGGCCCUCUGUGCCCGGGGCUCGAUCCUAAUGCCUGCCUUUGGUGGGAACGGCCUUCCUCUGCGUGCCGAGGGGGCUGGAAGGAGGGCAGCCCGUGGAGAGGAGUGGUAGCAGAAGGUGAGCGCUCGCAGCACGGUUGCUGUCGAGCUGCCACUGCAUGCCCGGUGUUGCUGGUGACGUGCUCCAUGGAGAAGUAGUUCACCGUGUGACAGAGCACAGCAAAACAGUUACUUCGAAAAGGCCGUUUGUGUGUAGUUAAGAGACUUCCUGCAAGUACAAGACGCAGCUCUUCUCCCUGGCCUGGUCUGAUUUACUUAGAGAGGCUGAAGGAACUGGUCUUGUUUUAAGAGACAUUUACAAGAGGCCUGGAAUUUCACUUCACCAACAUUUUUAUGUAAUAGAUCCAGUGGCCUAGUUUCAUCUUAAUUAAGAAAAUAGACGUUAAAUGUGCUCACCUGAAAAGCAACUGCUGAUUUAAACAUUAGGAUGUGAAAGUGAUGGUCUCAGUGCCAUGCCUAGCUGAGCAAAACGAAGGCCUGGUUCUCCCCGUGCUGAAGUUCAGCAGCACGUCUGAGUAGAGGGCAGCGAGGACUGUCGUUGUCAUUGCUGGUGCGGCGCUGGCUUUUGUUGUGGUGUGCUAAUUGAGGGGAAACGCGAUGAAGAACUGCAGCGGGGCUUAAAGCAAACGCGUGUCAGAAUGGCGAGGGGCUGCAGCGCUGGCUGCGUGCAGGGCUGUGCGGCAGGGCUGCCUGGUGGGCACACUAGGCUGGGUGGGGACUGCACAGGUACGGUCUGGGUGCUCUGCACGGCUCGGGUGGCAGAUGGAGCUGUAGGUCUCCUCGGAGGUACGGUACCGACUGCUAUAACAAAUACCAACACAAUUAGCUGAAGAGGCAGCAGUCUGACAGGCUUGGCACAGUCACGCCGCAGGCCGAACCAGACGGGCGAGCAAUACAAGCUGUGAAUUUAUUGUUGACCCCUGCAGGACAGUGACCACCUUCACCGUCAUCUUUGCCGUACAGAGAUGCGCUGUCAGUAAGAUCCUGGAGCCCAGGAAAGAGUUUUAAUGCGAAGCAUCAGAAAAAAACCGCUGCAGCAUCUCAUGUGAGAGAGGGGAGAGAAGAAAGGAGACUUGCGCAGUAACAUCUCGAAACACUCAGAUGGUUUGAGCUCUAUCUCACCUUAUUUGGAAGAGGAAAGCUAUUGAGGACCUGUGAGCAAUCCAACAGCUUCUGAAAAAUCUUCAUGCUAAAGGAUAAUCCUGAGCUCCCUGGAGAAGAACAUAGUGAAUGUUAAUCCAGAGGAGCCGUUGGAGAAUCGUGCUCACGGGGAGAUGAUUCCUCAUGAAGUCACUGGAUCCCUUGCAGAAAUCAAAUGUGACUUUCCAUUUAUCAGACUGAAAUCAGAGCCAGCCAGACAGUGAAGCAAGCACAGUGGAGGGGGGACGGCGAAAGAUGAAAUCCAACCAAGAGCGGAGCAAUGAAUGCCUGCCGCCCAAGAAGCGAGAGAUCCCCGCCACCAGCCUGCCUUCGGAGGUGAAGCCGGUCCUGCCGAAUGACAACCACCGCACGGACAACCUAGCAUGGCUCCCCGGCAGUCAGAGCAGCCUCGGGGGCAGGCACAGGCCCGGGGGAACGUCGGCGGAGGUGGGCUUGCAGCAGGGCCUGCACAAGCCGCCGCCGGCAGGGCUGGACUAUUCCCCACCGAGCGCGCCCAGGUCGGUGCCGGCCCCCACUACGCUCCCCACCGUGUACUCGUCCGCACUGUCCCAGUCCGGGACCCCCGUCUCCCCUGUGCAGUACACGCACCUGCAGCACACGUUCCAGUUUGUCGGGCCCCAGUACAGCGGACCAUAUGCAGGGUUCAUCCCCUCGCAGCUGAUCUCUCCGACCGCCAAUUCGGCAACCGGCGCCGUGGCGGCGGCCACAGCUGUCGCGACCACUCCAUCCCAGCGCUCCCAGCUGGAGGCUUAUUCCACGUUGCUGGCCAGCAUGAGCGGCUUAAGCCAGCAGGGGCACAAAGUCGAGCCGCACCUGGUUAGAACGCCUGGACUGAUCGCUGCAGGGUCUCCUCCACCUGCCCAGCAGAACCAGUACGUCCACAUCUCCAGCUCUCCCCAGAGCGCGGUCAGAAACGUCUCUCCUCCAACCAUCCCGGUCCCCCUGCAUCCCCACCAGACGGUGAUCCCCCACACACUCACCCUUGGCCCCUCCUCCCAGGUUGUGGUGCAGUACAGUGAUGCCUCGCACUUUGUCACAAGGGAUGCCCCCAAGAAGCCUGAGAGCGGCCGGCUGCAGGCCAUGCAGGCCAAGGAGGUGCUGAACGGCGAGAUAGAGAAGAGCCGGAGGUACGGCAUUUCGCCCUCUGCCGACAUGGGUCUGGUCAAAGCAGGCAAUAAACCAGCUCCUCACCAUUAUGAGACCAGGCACGUGGUGGUGCACUCGGGCCCUGCCGACUACGGUGCCCGGGAGUCCUCAGGGGUCCGAGCCUCCGUCAUGGUGGUCCCCAACAGCAGCACGCCAACCGCGGACUUGGAGGUGCAGCAGGCCACCAAUCGAGAGAACUCUCCCUCAGCCCUCAACGACAAGGGAAGCUUGCACUUAGGAAAGCCAACCCACCGCUCUUAUGCUUUGUCCCCACAGCAGGCCCUGGGCCAUGAGGGGGUGAAGGCCGUGGCCACGCUGUCCCCCCACACCGUCAUCCAGACGACCCACAGCGCCUCCGAGCAGCUCCCGGUGGGGCUGCCGGCCACAGCCUUCUAUGCCGGGACCCAGCCGCCGGUGAUCGGCUACCUGAGCAGCCAGCAGCAAGCGCUGGGGUACCCUGGGGGGCUGCCCCAGCACCUGGUGAUCCCUGGCACGCAGCCCCUGCUCAUACCGGUCGGCAGCGCCGACGUCGAGCCGUCGGGCGUCGCGCCGGCCAUUGUCACCUCGUCUCCCCAGUUCGCAGCAGUGCCUCACACGUUUGUCACCACCGCUGUCCCCAAGAGCGAGGCUUUCAGCGCCGAGCCCCACACCACCCAGCCCGCCUACCAGGCCACCAUGGUGCAGGCGCAGAUCCACCUCCCCGUGGUGCAGUCCAUCGCAUCCCCCGCUGCGGCCCCCCCCACGCUGCCCCCUUACUUCAUGAAGGGGUCAAUCAUCCAGCUGGCCAACGGGGAGCUGAAGAAAGUAGAGGACUUAAAAACAGAAGACUUCAUACAGAGCGCGGAAAUUAGCAAUGACCUGAAAAUAGACUCCAGCACUGUGGAGAGGAUCGAAGAGAGCCAUAACCCAGGCAUUGCUGUGAUACAGUUUGCGGUUGGAGAGCAUCGAGCACAGGUCAGCGUGGAGGUCUUGGUAGAAUACCCUUUUUUUGUAUUUGGACAAGGCUGGUCAUCCUGCUGCCCUGAGAGAACCAGCCAGCUCUUUGAUUUGCCAUGCUCCAAACUGUCAGUGGGGGACGUCUGCAUAUCGCUUACGCUCAAGAACCUGAAGAACGGCUCUAUUAAAAAGGGCCAGCCCGUGGACUCAGCUAGCAUCUUGCUGAAGCAUUCAAAGAAUGACAGUCUAGCUGGAAGUAGACACAGGUAUGCGGAGCAGGAAAAUGGGAUUAAUCAGGGAAGUGCACAGAUGUUAGCUGAGAAUGGUGAACUGAAGUUUCCGGACAAAAUAGGAUUGCCUGCAGCACCUUUGCUCACCAAAACAGAACCCAGCAAGCCCCCGGCAACAAGGAAGAGAAGGUGGUCAGCCCCCGAAUCGCGGAAACUAGAGAAAUCAGAAGAGGAGCCACCUUUGACUCUUCCCAAGCCUUCUUUUAUUCCUCAGGAGGUUAAGAUUUGCAUUGAAGGUCGAUCCAAUGUAGGAAAGUAAAUGUUGUUUGGGGAAAGGAAAUUAGGCUAUCCCUUGUCAUUUUUAUCCAGAUUACUGUACUGUAGACUAAAUAACCCAGUAUUUACAUGUUAUCAUCUUAUUUUAGGUUUAUGUUAUAACCUUGUUGUUAUAGUUGCAGCUGGUAUUAUGCAGGAGACUGGUGCAUAUGUUUUUCCACAAGUGUUUGUCAGUGACUAGGUUUCCUGAGAGCUACAGAAGGGGCAGUAUCUGCUUCACACACCCUUAGUGGAAAUGAAUGUGUUGUCAUGGCUCCUGUUUUCUAACACCUCGUGUAGGACAGGGUCCAGCUGUGAUUCUGUUGGGGUUUUUUUUGUUGUUGUUUUUUGUUUUUGUUUUUUGUUUUUUUUUUUUUCCCUUGUUUUGGUUCCUGUUCCAGUUUUUUGGGGGGGAGGUGCGGAGAAGGGAACUGUAGCAGAGGCGUGUGUCACGCGUGGUGUGCGUGUCAUGUGUGCUGUGCAUGUGUCACGCGUGGUGUGCGUGUCAUGUGUGCUGUGCAUGUGUCACGCGUGGUGUGCGUGCUCAGCCUGAGGCAGCCCUGCAGCAGUGGGGGCUCGUGAGGAGGUUUUUCUCACCCCGGGUGAAUGUGGAGGACACAGCCCCACAGAUGUUACCAAAAAGGAUCAGAUGCUCUCUGACCUUGUCAACAAUAAGCCAACUCUUACUCAAGAUUCAUAGUAUAUAUAUGUACACAUAUAUGUGCAUGUAUAUAUAUAUAUGUAUAUAUAUAUAUUUGUGUGUGUGUGUGUAUCUGUACAUAUAUAUUUCCCCCAUGGGGUCCGACUGCACUGAUUUUUACUCGCGAAGCAACUGCCACACCAACAUUUCCUUCUGCUUGCUCGUGCAGUUCGUUGCCAGAGGCCAUGCACACACACACACACACACACACACACACACACGGGGUGGCUGUUCUGCACCAUUCACCCUGCAGGGCUGCCUGGUGGCAUGGCUGUGUGUGAGUGUGCGCAGGUGUGUGUGGGUGCAGGGAGCCUCAGGCUGGGCGAUGUGCCCGGCUCAGGCUCGCUCCUGUUUCUGUGCAGUGUUAGACGCAUCGGUCAGGUUAUGCCAUGGACAUUUGCUUCCACAAGGGAGAUGCAUACUGCCCCUUUGAGAUCACAGGCACACGUCGUUUGCAGUUAGGUUGCAGAUCUCGGUCUUUAACUCUAUAGUACUGUUUUUGGUUCAUGAUUAUGGACAACCGGUGCCACUUUUUUCAAGUUUCAGUGUGACACAGGAACCCGAUGUUGAAGAGGAACGUAGAAUGUCUUUAAGCACUUAAAAUGCUGUUCACACUUUAUGGCUGAGCAUCCUGGUCUAACGCUCAGUGCGUACUGUAUCUCACUUUGAUCUGCUCGGAAGGCAGCAGCAGCAAACAAACGAAUCUCUUCAACACUGUAACUACACGCGACUCUGAAAAGUUUUCUCACAGGCAAGGCGCUGAAAGUUUCCAUGUGGUUUCAAAGGGAUGAAUGUGAAUUAUUGAACUAGUAUGUGACAGUCAUUGUCCACAAAGGACUACUUAAUAGGAGGCACUUUUUAAACUUUAAUGCUUGAGAAUGAGUUAAAGGCGUAUGCGAGCUGACAGAUAAUAAACAAAUAAGAGAGAGGAGAAAGGAAAGAGAAAAAAAAAAACUUUGUCCAGUGUUUUUGAAAAAGAUGGACUUUAAAGAAUCUUGCAAUUUGCACAUCUUGAGUUUAUCAUUUGUGUGGUAUUCCUGCAGUUUUUACCUAAUAAUGU